AAUUAAAAUGAUAAUUUUAAUAAUAAAACUAUUUAAAAAGAGAGAGAGUAUAAGCUUAAAAUCACGUCAUUAAUAUUUCCCUUUAAGUAUGCUCUCUGAGAGGCCCCAGAAAAGAAGUAGCAGGGACAUCAUUAACAAAGGUCCAGUUUUGACGUUUGUUCUUUGUAAUCAAAAUGCACAUGUUAUCCAAUAAAAUGAAAUGGGGAUGACAAAAAAACGUACCCAGUUCGAAAAGUGGUUUGCAUCGUAUCGUUGAUAGAGGGGUCCUGUUACUUUGCACUUGGUUACAUUGUAAUGGGUCCACAAUUUAUAACAUAUCUAAUCUAAGAGGCAACAGAUUGAUAUAUUCUAUUAAUGCUUAAUUGAAUGCUUGCGAACCGCCUAUCUGUAGUUUCAACGGAGAGUAGAACAUUACUUACACUCAUGAACGGUCAAUAGUUAUGAUAAUCUCUUAAAUAUUAAUUUACGUUGGCGCUUUCAACAUGUUAUUACUUGCACUGAGAUGGAGUCAUAUUAAGGAACUGUUCAAUCAUCCAGUAUAUUGUAUGUUCCUUUAUGGAUUCACCCGUAUGUUAUGGUGUUAGUAACCCACCCCUACUGAAACAUUCAGCAGAAGUUUACGUACGUACCCUUAGCAAUGUUACAUAAAAGAAGAGGAAUUUGUUAAGAAACGCCACUUUCUGACAGUUCAAUAACUAAACGGACAGGUGAGGCGGCUGUUAGUGACAACCGAUGAAGAUGAAAAACGCUCCUUCAACGAUUUUGUUGUUGAUCGGUCUAUUCACUGCUAAAUCAGAUGCGAGUUUUCCCUCAUCCUGCACUUGUUUUGCCCAUGGCUACAGGGAGGAGAUAGUAUUUGAAUCCUGCGACGGAGCAUAUAUUACGUUUGGAGGAUCGUGCUCGUAUGAUCUUAUGAGAACAUGCACGCCGGAUGGUCUGGACAAUAAGCCACCUUUCAGCGUUGUUGUCAAAGCAGGUUACACCACUGAAUUCGACAAUAAACAGACAUUUGUCUCGCGAGUAACCAUCAAUUUCGAAAACGAAAACGUUGUAAUGGAUACGAGGGGUGGUUUUAUGGUGAAUGGAAUGAUAGAGACUACGGACUAUUUUGGAGAUAACUUCAACGUUACUCGGGUGGACCGUCCUGAAUAUUCUUUGAUAAAGUUUCAAACACACUUCUCACUCAGGGUUCUUAUUCACAUCGGUGCACGCUCACAUAAAAUUCGGGUCAGAAUCGGACGGCAUUACCAAAGAUCACUGUGUGGUCUGUGCGGGAACUUUAACGAUGAAACGGCUGAUGACUAUCAAACUGCGGACGGUGAAAAUGUGACUGACCUUGCCUACCUAGACCGACAGGCUGCGUCUGAAGAAAUUGCUAAGAGUAUGCUGGUACAAGAACACGAACAAGAGCUGUGUGAACCUAUUGUCAACAGGCCGAGUCCACAUCAGAUGCUAGAAGCGAUGAUCGAUAGAGAAAAGGUUUUUGACAUUUAUGGUAGCUGUGCAAAAGAAGAAGAUGAAAUAGAGGGGAAUGCCCAGUGUAAUGUUACUCUUGAAAACCACCCGACGAAAGGAUCCUUCGCGAACUGUUCGAAGGAUUUAGAUGACGACAAUAAGCUCAAGUUCGUUGAAGCUUGUUCCGCAGCUUACUGUGCUGGCAAGUCUCACAGGGCAAAAGAACGCAACGUCUGUUACUUUAUUGAAGCACUUUCCCGUGUCUGCCGAGAAAACCUGAAGCCGGUGCAUAACUGGUGCAUGCCCAUGAAAUGCCCCGCACAAAAAGGUUGCAGUAAAUGGGAACAAAAGUAUGACUGACAGCUGAUGGACAACACCUAAUGAAAUGGGCACUUUACAUGUAUCCGAAUGUCCAUAUUGCCGCUUCCCUUCCUAAUCUUAUAUUUUCCAGUGCUCUACUCUUAUUAUUAGAAUUUGUUUCGAAGGAACAUGGGUUAAACUUAUUUGCUCUAAAUCACAGGUAAAAUCAACUCUACGACUGCUUUUGAGCCAGUUUCAAACGGGGAGUACAUAACGUGAUUUGUUAUCUACUGUUUUGGAUGUGUCUUAUUUCCUCUGCUUUUUAUUGGUAUCGAUUCGCGACUUCUGCUUGAAAUCAAACAUUGAAAUUAUCACAAACUAUUACUUUAUUCAGUCACUUCUUACACAUGGUGUAUUAUUGGUCGCAUAUUUAUCACGUUCACAAUGUUAAUUCUUGAAGGGCAUAGCUUCUAUUUGGUUUAGAGGGUCAAAAUAUGCUCAUAUCAAUCAUAGUGGACAAAAAUCAUGCAAACUGUUUGUUUAUUUACUUCUACGGGUUUUAUGCACAGAGCUUCUUUGGUCAAUAAAUCAUACCCUGGUAGAAAAGCAGUGUCUUUAAUUUACAGCUUUACGGCAAAUCUAGGCAAAAAUGAUAAUGUAGUAAUAACAUCUCUUCUGUAGGUUGUUACUUCCCUAAUCAAAAAAAAAAAAAAAAA